AGUCCAGGAAAACCGACGCACGAUGCGACGGGGAAAGGAAACGUUUCGGCGUUAGGACGAAACUUUGUAUGGACGUGAGGAUAUUUUGGGAUAAUUUGCCAUUUCUAAUAGGAGAGCCGGACUUCUGAGAGAGAAGACGCGUUUACUAUCAAUUACAACAGUUACAGUGUAUUUAAGACAGUUUGUGACCUUUGUUCAUCAUGACUGAAAUUACAAUUUGACUUUACGCACGGAUGAAAACGCGCAGGCACCGUACAGCUACUCAUUAAGGAGAGGAGGUGGGCAGGGGAGCCCGCCAAUGUUCACCUUUUGUUGGCACUUAAAGCUGUUAAAAUAAUUUUUCACAAGCUUCAGUGAGAAUAAGGCAGAAACAUGGCCGAACACGAGAGCUUGGAGUUUGGAAAAGCAGAUUUUGUGCUUUUGGACAAUGUGUCUAUGGAAGACUUCAUGGCUAACCUAAAACUCAGGUUUGAGAAGGGGAGGAUCUACACUUACAUCGGAGAGGUGGUCGUGUCUGUCAAUCCAUACCGUGCCAUGAACAUCUACGGCCGCGACACCAUAGAGCAGUACAAGGGCCGCGAGCUGUACGAGAGGCCGCCCCACCUGUUUGCCAUCGCUGACGCUGCUUACAAAGCCAUGAAGAGGAGGAACAAAGACACUUGUAUUGUCAUCUCAGGAGAAAGUGGAGCAGGAAAAACAGAAGCCAGCAAGUAUAUCAUGCAAUACAUUGCUGCUAUCACCAAUCCUAAUCAGAGGGCUGAAGUUGAACGGGUGAAGAACAUGCUGCUUAAAUCCAACUGUGUUUUGGAGGCCUUCGGGAACGCCAAGACCAACCGCAACGACAACUCCAGCCGCUUUGGCAAGUACAUGGACAUCAACUUUGACUUCAAGGGAGAUCCCAUCGGAGGCCACAUCAACAACUACCUAUUGGAGAAGUCCAGGGUGAUUUUCCAACAGGAGGGAGAGAGGAGCUUUCACUCCUUCUACCAGUUGCUCAGAGGAGCCCCAGACUCUCUGCUGCGCUCUCUUCACAUCCAGAAGGAGCCAACAUCCUACAACUAUAUCAGAGUUGGAGGCAACAUUAAGUCUUCCAUCAACGACGGGGCUGAUUUCAAAGCUGUAUCCGAUGCCAUGAAAGUGAUCGGUUUCACAGGGGAUGAGGUUCAGACUGUUUACAAGAUCCUGGCCACCAUCUUACACCUGGGGAACCUGACAUUUGGGGUGGACGGUGAUGUGACGUUGAUAGAGAACACAAAGCUGAUGUCUGUGAUCCGGGAGCUGCUGUCUACCAAAGAGGAGAACGUGGAGAAGGCCCUGCUCUACCGCACAGUGUCUACAGGUCGAGAUGUCAUCGAGAAGCAGCAUACAGAACAAGAGGCCAGCUACGGGCGGGACGCUCUGGCUAAGGCCAUGUAUGAGCGUCUGUUCUGCUGGAUUGUGGGACGUAUCAAUGACAUCAUAGAGGUGAAAAACUAUGAUGCUAGAAUCCAUGGGAAGAACACGGUUAUCGGGGUGCUUGACAUCUACGGCUUUGAGAUCUUCCAGAACAACAGCUUUGAACAGUUCUGCAUCAACUACUGCAAUGAAAAGCUGCAGCAGCUAUUUAUCCAGCUGGUGCUGAGGCAGGAACAGGAAGAGUAUCAGCGAGAAGGCAUCCCCUGGAAACAUAUUGAUUACUUCAAUAACCAGAUCAUUGUGGACUUGGUGGAGCAGCAGCACAAGGGCAUCAUCUCUGUGCUAGACGAAGCUUGUAUGAAUGUGGGCAAAGUUACAGAUGAGGUUUUUCUCCAGGGACUCAAUAGCAAGCUGGCCAAGCACGCUCACUACACCAGUCGCAAGCUCUCACCAACGGAUAAGAGUUUGGAGUUUGACCGAGACUUUCGCAUCAGGCACUACGCAGGGGAUGUGGUGUACUCAGUGGUGGGGUUUAUUGAUAAGAACAAAGACACACUGUUCCAGGAUUUCAAGAGACUACUCUACAACAGCGCUAACCCGGUACUGAAGGGGAUGUGGCCCGAGGGCAAACUGAGCAUCACUGAGGUCACCAAACGGCCGCUGACAGCUGCAACGCUCUUCAGAAACUCCAUGAUCUCACUGGUGGAGAACCUGGCCUGCAAGGAGCCCUACUACGUUCGCUGCAUCAAGCCCAACGAUGUCAAGUCCCCUCUGCUAUUCGAGCAGGAGCGCUGCCGCCAUCAGGUGGAGUACCUGGGGCUGCUGGAGAAUGUCAGAGUGCGUCGUGCUGGCUUCGCCUACAGACAGACAUACCCUCGCUUCCUGCAGAGAUACAAGAUGAUCUCCGAGUUUACGUGGCCAAACCAUGACUUGCCAUCAGACAAAGAUGCAGUGAAGAGGCUCCUGCAGGGCUGUGGAUUUGACCACGAUGUGGCCUACGGUAAAACCAAGGUGUUCAUCCGCACACCACGCACCCUCUUCAGCUUGGAGGAGCAGCGAACAGAAAUGAUCCAGCGAAUCGUCCUCUUCCUGCAGAAGGUGUGGAGGGGAGCCAUAGCCAGAAUGAGAUACCGACGGAUGCGAGCAGCCCUCGUAAUCCUUCAGGCCUACAGGCGCUACAAAGUCAAGUCCUACAUCUGCGAGGUCAACCGUCGCUUCAAAAAUGUCCGGUCUAUGAAGGAUUAUGGCAGGCAUGUGAAAUGGCCGACACCCCCCAAGGUUCUGCGCAAGUUUGAAGAGGCACUCAAGAACAUUUACAACAGGUGGUGGGCAUGGACUCUGAUCAAAAGCCUCUCUCCAGAGGAGGCCCUGCAGGUGAGGGCCAAGGUAGCCUGCCUGGAGGCCCUGAAGGGCCAGAGAGCUGACCUAGGGCUACAAAGGGCCUGGGAAGGAAACUAUCUGAAGCGAGACAGCCCUGACACAGCUGCGUCCUUCACCCUUGUUUCCAGCGAGCUGCAGCGGAAAGACAAAUUCAUGAGAGUUCUGUUCUCCUCCAAUGUACGCAAGAUCAACCGUUUCCACAAGGCAGAGGACCGGGCACUGCUCAUUACUGACCGCCACCUGUACAAGAUGGACCCCCUCAAGCAGUACAAACUGAUGAAGAGCACCCCCCUCUACAACGUGACAGGAGUGAGCGUGUCCCCCGGGAAGGACCAGCUGGUUGUGUUCCACACCAAGGACAGCAGGGAUCUGGUGGUGUGCCUGCAGGGUAUGGUACCUGCCAGUGAGAGCCGCAUCGGCGAGCUCAUCGGCACCCUGCUUAGCUACUUCAAGAGUGAGAAGAGGAAGUUGCAGGUGAAUAUCGCAAGUCCCAUCCAGUUCAGCAUGCAUGGGAGGAAGCGCACGGUCAUUGUUGAGCCCAAAAUCAACCAGUCACAGCCAGACUUCACCAAGAGCCGGUCUGGUUACAUCCUGGCUGUUCCUGGAAAUUAAAGCUGCUGAUAAUGUGAUGGUGUAGAUAGCAGAUCUCUAGGAGGACUGGGGUAACCGAAUCCUUCAACUGCAAAGCCAUGCCAAAUUUGACCUAUUUUGUACAUUUGUGUGUAAUGUUACUAUGAACAGAAAGUGUACUGUAUGUCUACGUGCAAAACGUUAAUGGCUAAACAAACCGAGAAAUGUGCACUAAAUGAUAAUCCACCAAAGUGAUGUAAUUUUUGUUUUAUCCAAAUUUGAAAUGAUUUGCUUGUCUAAUAUUUAGUUUAAUGUGGAUUGUGGGUUAAGGUGAGAGGAGAUUAUGCAGCAACUGUUUUCGCAGAACCAAUGAUGUUGCAUAAUAGUGAUAUUUAAAUCCUGUCAGCUCCCUGGGAGGAGCAGGUCACAAGUGAAACCCCUAAAAAUGAAGGGAGAAGGUAUUUAUGUUUGGUUCUGAUUCUCUGCUUUAAAAUGGAAUAAUGAUGUUAAGACCUACCUACUGAGGUGGAAACUGAAAGGAAGUGCAGCACCCACUUUUAGUUCAUUCAGUGUUUACAAUCACAUGUGGGAGCAGUGAGUAAGAAAACAUGACUCAGUGAUUCACUUAGUGUCUGAUGCACCAAUUAUUCACAGGAUGUUGAGUAGGAUGUGUUGAGCAUAUCCAGAACAUCACAGCCUGCUUCAUACUAAAUCCUUUAAUUUAAAUUCUGCAUCUUAUACUUUCCUACUGCAAUGUCUGUACUUUUAUAAUACUCUAAUACUGCUUAUAUAUUCAAAGUUAGAUUAUACUGUAUGUAAGCAGCAUGAGAUUAUGUAUGCACAGGACUAUACUGCAUUUAGUGUCCAAAAGGAUGUUAUAAGAAUACUGUAGAAAGCAGAUAUGGAGACAAUAACCAAGGCAUUAGUUUUUACAACAGUUAUUUUCUGUUCAUAUUCUCUUAAUAAGUAAGAUUUAAUGUUCUAGCAUAGCUACCCAGUACUGCAUGGUCCCAUGUGAACUCCAGUCUCUGAACACAUUAGCUAUCUUAAGUGAAUCACCUAAUGACUUGUAGUAGUCCUUAGUCCCUGGGAACAGACUUUCACUUGACAAAUAUUCCCUUCAUCAGAGAGGAAGAGUGUGCACACUGUGUGUCUGUGUGUGUGUUGAUUAGCUCUUCUAUUCUUGGCUCAGAUAGCGAGAGCCUAGCCAGUGGCCACAGCGAUGGAGUGGAGACCGGGGUGUGCAGUCUGUCAUGCUUUACCUGUGUGUGUGAACAGAGGACUGUUUGGACACUUGAUUCAUCAGAUUGUGCUAAAUUCCCUUCAUUUUUCUCUGUGUGGGAAGCCAGUUCACACUGAUAAUCACAUCAUCAACACUUCUCACAGGCUGUUGGCUGCGUUGAAAGUUUGUGUUAACACAUUUACAAUAUGCUCUUGAACUAAGUAUUGAAAAAAUUUGUGGCAGCACAGAAGACCAUGAGAUGGAGAUAGCUGGCUUUAUAAUGUGCAUUUAUUAUUAGUUUAUGUAAGGUGGUAGUGUCACACAGCUAACAAGCUAUGAAAACUUCCUCUAUUUUGACUCUGUUCCCUCAGAGGUCCGCGCUGCCUGUAAAUGUUCAGCAGAGCCAAGGUGCAUAUCAGAGCUGAAGGUGACACAGAAACCUGUUCCAGUUUCCUCUUUCCGAAAGUUUCAGAACAGCUCUUAAAUGAACCUCAUAGUGAGAUUUUCUUUAUUUCUUGAACCUCAGCUUUUUGGCUGACAUGAGCAAGAAGUUAUUACUGCUAAAAUCUAAACUUGAACAUCUAUAGUGUCGUGACAACUGGACAAACCAGCGUUUUUAUCAUGGUUAUCAUACAUGUGACAGGUCAUGAUGAUCCAAGAACCAACACUGCAUCAUCUCUCUACCUGCAGAGACUUGUCUGUAUUGUCUCUAAGUGAAGAACUGAACGCUGAGGCACGACAGUUGUAAAUCAGGGCUCCCUGGGCAUCUGGCUUGGAUGAACAGGCUGAGACACUCUUGUCAACUUGUCUUUAGCAGGAAGGAAAACUUGUUAGCAGUCAUUUGAACCACACAGCCCUCUAAUUGUGCUCAAGUGUUGUCUGAGCAAGCUGUUUAUCUUAAUUAGUUUGCAAGUUCCUCUGUUCUUCUUCACUGCUUCCUGGUGGAUGACCUUGUGUUGUUACUUGAUAAGGCAAAAAGACUUGUUUGGGGAAACUGGUGUAUUCAUAGUGUGGAUUAAGGAAGUGACAUAAAUAGACAGUUUUCAACAGAGCUUAAGAUCAGUGACUGCCUGUGAUGUAUGUGUGAGUAUAACACUGCAACGCCCUGUAUCCUCCAGCACUGUCAUCUCCCACAAGCCUGUUCACUGCUCAGCUUUAGGAUGGACUGCAUGUCACUUCUCACUCCAGUGCUUUUCUCAUUGCUCUCCUAAGUCAUAAUCACUGGGUUCCUUGCCCAGCAGCGCUGACUGUACCAUCCUGCAGGGCAAUGAAGGUUUUCCAGUUUUUGUUUGUUUUUCUUUCAGCCAUCCUGUGCUCAGGAGGCCUGGAAAAAAAGGGAAAUACACCAGCAACAAGACAUGUCGCACAAUAGGAAUGUCAUACAGCAACAAAAAACAAAGAUGAAACAAGACAAAGCUGAGUAUAUUAACCAGAAAUAGGAUCUAACACGUAAGAAAGGAUAAAGACACUGUCAUAUCUUUGUUAGUGUUAACAGAUCUCCUGAAAACAUCAAAGUCUACAAUGUGUCUGUGUAGUUUCUGACUUUCUGGACCUGUGUUAGUCAAAGUAGUUUCCUAAAACAGCUGGGCACUGUAUGUUUUAGCGUACAUUACAGGAGGAAAUAGUGCAUUUCUCAGGGACUAUUUUCAGCAGCGUACUGAUAUACAUUUGGUUGUGACUAAGUAUUUAGAGCAAAAAGGCAGUGUAGUUGGGAUUGAGUCAAAAUAAACUACAGCGCCCAUGUCUCCCAGUCUAUAGUGUGAACACAGAUCAGGCUGUAGAUGCACACUGUUCUUGUUAGUAGGAUCAAGUCAUUGUCGGUUUUGUGUUUUGUUGACAGUUUUGUUGUACUUCACAGUGCUCUGAUUUCUUUUUAAACCCAGUCACUGAUGAUUUACAGUACAUUCAUUAUCAGCUUUACUGCAAAUGUAAAAAUCACAGGCUUUACCUAAUUACUCCUUUAUAAAUGGGCAUAAAGGAACAUCACAUAUGAAUAUUAAGCCAAGAAGACUUGUGCCAUUGUGCUCAUCCUCUUACUGUUCUCUAUAAUGAGAGCUUACCAAGUACAUUCUUCUAGUUUUGUUUCAGACAUAUUUGACAUGAGGCUGUUCUCAAGCCUCCCCAUGUUAGCCAAAGGGUAACUGAUUCCAUUUUCUGUUUUUUAUUAUUUAUUCAAAAUCCUUAUGUAUGCACCUUUCAUUCAGUAUGUGCCUAAUUAUAUAAUAAUUUUCUAUUUUGCAUAUUUGUGUAA